GUGGUGAAGGAGGAGGACGUGGUGGAGAAAGAGGACGUGGUGAAGGAGGAGGACGUGGUGGAGAAAGAGGAGGACGUGGUGGAAGAGGAGGAGGAGGUGGUGAAGGAGGUGGAGGUGGAGAACGACGGCGACAAGGAAGGGGAAGAGCAAGGGCACGAAGACAGUCAGUCUCGGAUGAAAUUCGAGCCACUUUAGUUGACCAUGUCCUUGUCCAUGGGAUGACUAUGAGGGAGGCUGGGCAACGAGUACAACCAAAUUUGAGUCGCUUCACUGUUGCCUCCAUCAUCAGAACCUUCAGGGAGGAAAACAGGACACAGAGACGACCACCUGGUGGAGGCAGGUUAAGGCUUUUGUCGGAGGAGCAAGAGAGGGAACUUGUAAACAUGGUAAUUGCAAAUAAUGUAAUCCGCCUGCAAGAGAUUCAAAGGAGAGUGAUUGAGGAUGAUCAUCUUUUUCGAGGCAUAAAUGCCAUCAGCCUCUCCACAAUUGACCGCAUCCUCCGAAAGAAUCAAUUCCGGAUGAAACAGGCAUACCGAGUCCCUUUCGAACGAAACUCUGACAGAGUGAAAAACCAACGUGUGGAAUAUGUUCAGAGAAUCUUUGAGAUUGAAGGACGGCCUGUUCCCCAUGAAAUGAUCUUUGUGGAUGAGGCAGGUUUUAACCUGACCAAAAGAAGGAAAAGGGGGAGGAACAUAAUUGGCCAUCGGGCUAUUGUAAAUGUCCCUGGUCAGCGUGGGGGGAAUGUCACUAUGUGCGCAGCCAUCAGCCAACGAGGGGUACUCCACCGCCAUGCCGUACUAGGACCCUAUAACACUAUGCUUCUCCUUGCUUUUCUUGAUGGUUUAAGACAACAUAUGUUCCAGCUGGACUACAGGGAACCAGCACAGCCAGAGCAGCCUCACUACGUUGUUGUGUGGGAUAACGUCAGCUUCCAUCGCGCUGCUCUGGUUCGUGACUGGUUUACCAAUAACCCAAGGUUUUCUAAUAUCUUUCUGCCUGCAUACUCCCCCUUUCUAAACCCGAUAGAGGAGUUAUUUUCGGCAUGGCGGUGGAAAGUGUAUGACCGAGAACCUUAUGUCCGUGUUCACCUCCUUCAGGCCAUGGAAGAGGCCUGCCUAGACAUAUCAGUAGAUGCAUGCCAGGGGUGGAUCAGGCAUGCAAGAGGAUUUUACCCCCGCUGCCUGGCUGGGGCCAAUAUAGCCUGUGAUGUGGAUGAGAUUCUCUGGCCUGACCCAGACCAAAGACAAGAUGCUGUGGUGGGAUAAUGUUUCUGGUGUGUGUUGUACUGUAUAGUACAUGAAUGACAAUGUGCCACUGUACAUACAUUGGUUGCGUCUUUUGUGUUUAUCAUGUGACAAGGGUUUUGAAGGGGAGAACCAUAAGCAACCUAAUUGUUUUGGAACUAUUGUUUUGAAUUAAUUGUACCAGUGUGCAAAACUCUGUUGUAGUGUGUGUGUUUUUGAGGGCUUGUGUUUGAUGUCUGAGGGCAAAGUUCGGUUUUUCAGCAGGAGUGAAUAGUUUUGGGUGUAGAGCUUCAUUUUGACCUGGAAAUAGGAUGUUUGGGGAAUUGAGUGAGAUGUUAUGGAUUUGUGUUUACUGUUGUGCGGAUAUGAGGCGUAGUUUCAAGAAAUGUGUUUUAGCAAUCGAGAAAAACUGUAA